AUGUCGACCCCGAAAGCCCACCGCGGCGCCGACGCCGACUCCCUCGCCGAUCCCUCCCAGACUCCCGGCCUCGAUGGCACUCCCUCGGGCGCGCCGCCCACUUAUGCGACCUUCUCUCCCGUCACCCUCGCUGCGACGACCCCGAGCCGCUCCUCCCGCCGGUCGACCAUCAUUCUCGUGGGGCUGUUGACAUGGACGACCGACGAUCCGUGGGAGAGCUUCCUGCUGCUCGCCUCCUACUGGGCUGUGGUCCUCUACGGUGAUACUGUCGUGCGAGUGGCCGGGCCCAUAGUCCUCGUCCUAACCUUAAUAUUGGGCAUGUACGGCCGCCGUUUUAGUCCGCUGAGUAGCAGCGGAUGGACCGAGCCGGCUUCCAAGGACGGCGCGGGGCCCCAGAACUCUGGAGGUGCGAACGUGGGCAAGGGACAAAAGGGCACGCCCAGGAGUAAUGCGAAUGCGAACACCGCCAAAGGACAUCACCGGGGCGAGUCUGAGGCGACGAAUACGCGACACCAGAAAACAUUGGACGAGAUUGUCGAGACGUUGAAGGAGUUCACCGGGCGGUGCAACGUCCUGCUUGAGCCGCUCCUCGAGCUGACCGACUUCCUGAGUACUCAGCGGACGCCGACGUCGGCCACGACACGACCGGCCCUGACAACGUUGUUCGUGCGGAUACUGUUCUGCACUCCGUUCUGGGCAGCCCUGACACUGCCGCCGCUACGCAUCAUCACGACCCGGAGGGUAGCUCUGCUGUUCGGCACGCUGGUGCUGACAUGGCACGCCAGGGUUAUGCGGGUCGCCCGGACCCUCCUGUGGCGCAGUGCAACGGUCCGGAAGACGGCGGCCCUGGUCACCGGUCUCACGUUUGAGAAGCCGGUCAAGGCCGUACCCGUAGAGAUAACUGCCGAGGCAGAGGGUGGCAAGGUUCAGGCCAAGCGCCCCUCCGCGUCCGAGCUUACCAAGGCGCUGCGGAGGCAAUCCCACAAGCACGGCAACAACGCCACAAGCAAGGAUGCGGGGGUCAAGUUCACCUUCAUCAUCUACGAGAACCAGCGACGCUGGGUGGGGCUCGGCUGGACCCAGAGCAUGUUUGCCUAUGAACGGUCCGCCUGGACUGACGAGCACAACAACCCCGUGCCGUCGCGCGACACGUUCGAGCUGCCCGAGGUCGAGGACGGGAGUAACAUGCGCUGGCGGUGGGUUGACGGUAGCAAAUGGAGGGUCGACGGGGUCCCCGAUGACGGGACUGAACCAGUCGACUACGACGGGGAGGCUGGGAAGAACGGCUGGAUCUACUACGACAACAAGUGGCAAAACGGCCGCCGCGGUACCGACGGAUGGGGCCGAUGGACCCGGCGCAGGAAGUGGUACCGCGACGCGGAGCUGGUGGAGGUGUCGGAAGACGAAAUGGCACACGAGCUCGAUGCGUCACAAGCGCCGAACCCUCCGCAGCCCGGGUCGCCGACGACGAACCCUCCGGGGCCCGCCCUGACGACGCAGAGGUACAGCACGCUCGAAGAAAAGAUGGUGUCCCCAACACACUCUGCACAAGACCUGACCCUAUCAGAUAAGGACCUAGAAAGAGAAAAGGACGAUGCGGCGUCGACGCUGUCGACCAGCUCCGGCGGGCGGUCGUUCUUCAAGGCGCCAUCGCUGAGGAGAAAAGUCACGGACAAGAGCGUGGCCAGCAAAGCCGACAAGGAGCAGGACCGCAGCCGCAGGGCGAGCGAGGCCAAGAGCGAAGAGGAGGCGUCGGCGCUAGGGCUAAAGCUCAACCUUGCAUUACAGGGCAAGGACGGCGGGCAGUGGGGGAUUGGCGACGAGGCGAGGAUGAACCUGGAGUGA